AGACAACUCUGGUAGCACUCCUGUCUGGUUGCUUUGAAGAAAGAAGAGAAUACGAAAACAUAGAAUAAGUCAUGUCAGAGAUACUUGACCUCUCUUUUCUAUCAGACAUGGAAAGGGAUUUGAUACUCAAUGUUCUACAGCGAGAUGAGGAGCUCCGGAAAGCUGAUGAGAAAAGGAUUAGGAGACUGAAGAAUGAGUUGCUGGAGAUUAAAAGGAAAGGGGCCAAGAGGGGCAGCCAACACUACAGUGAUCGGACCUGUGCCCGGUGCCAGGAGAGCCUGGGCCGUUUGACUCCCAAGACCAACACUUGUCGGGGUUGUAAUCACCUGGUGUGUCGGGACUGUUGUGUCCAGGAAAGCAAUGGUACCUGGAGGUGCAAAGUGUGUGCCAAGGAAAUAGAGCUAAAGAAGGCAACUGGAGACUGGUUUUAUGACCAGAAAGUGAAUCGCUUUGAUUACCGCACUGGCAGUGAGAUAAUUAGAAUGUCCCUGCGCCACAAACCUGCAGUGAAUAAAAGAGAGACAGUGGGACAGUCCCUACUGCAUCAGUCACAGAUUGGCGAUAUCUGGCCAGGAAGAAAGUUCGCUCAGGAGCGACAGAAAGAGUACAGUGCACCAUUUGAAGUGCCAAAGCUGAAGAGUGGGAAGAGCAUGCUGGAGGCUGAGAGUGAGAGCUUGGAUAGCUAUACAGCUGACUCCGAUAGCACCUCCAGGAGAGACUCUCUGGAUAAAUCUGGCCUCUUUCCGGAAUGGAAGAAAAUGUCUGCUCCCAAAUCUCAAGUAGAAAAGGAAACUCAGCCUGGGGGUCAAAAUGUGGUAUCUGUGGACGAGGGUGAAAUGAUAUUCAAGAAGAACACCAGAAAAAUCCUCAGGCCUUCAGAGUACACUAAAUCUGUGAUAGAUCUUCGCCCAGAAGAUGUGGGACAUGCAAGUGGCUCCUUGGGAGACAGAAGCAAAUCUGUCCCAGGCCUCAGUGUGGAUAUGGAAGAGGAAGAGGAAGAAGAGGAAGAAGACAUUGACCACCUGGUGAAGUUGCAUCGUCAGAAGCUAGCCAGAAGCAGCAUGCGGAGUGGCUCUUCCAUGAGUACGAUCGGCAGCGUGAUGAGCAUCUAUAGUGAAGCUGGUGAUUUCGGAAACGUUUCUGUGACGGGCAAGAUUGCCUUUUCCCUGAAGUAUGAGAAGCAAACGCAGACUCUGGUCAUCCACGUGAAGGAGUGCUACCAGCUGGCCUAUGCUGAUGAAGCCAAGAAGCGUUCUAACCCAUAUGUGAAGACUUAUCUUCUGCCUGACAAGUCCCGCCAAGGAAAAAGAAAGACCAGCAUCAAGCGGGAUACCAUUAACCCAUUAUAUGAUGAGAUCCUGAGGUAUGAGAUCCCAGAAUCUCUCCUGACCCAGAAGACCUUGCAGUUCUCAGUUUGGCAUCAUGGUCGUUUUGGCAGAAACACUUUCCUUGGAGAGGCAGAGGUCCACAUGGAUUCCUGGAAGCUUGAUAAGAAACUGGAUCAUUGCCUCCCUUUACAUGGAAAGAUCAGUGCUGAGUCCCUGACUGGCUUGCCAUCACACAAAGGCGAGUUGGUGGUUUCAUUGAAAUACAUCCCAGCCUCCAAACUCCCUGUUGGAGGUGACCGGAAAAAGAGUAAAGGUGGGGAAGGGGGAGAGCUCCAAGUGUGGAUCAAAGAAGCCAAGAACCUGACAGCUGCCAAAUCAGGAGGGACUUCAGACAGCUUUGUCAAGGGAUACCUCCUUCCCAUGAGGAACAAGGCCAGUAAGCGUAAAACUCCUGUGAUGAAGAAGACUCUGAAUCCCCACUACAACCAUACAUUUGUCUACAAUGAUGUGAGGCUGGAAGAUCUGCAACACAUGUGCCUGGAACUGACUGUGUGGGACCGGGAGCCCCUGUCCAGCAAUGACUUCCUGGGAGGGGUCAGGCUGGGUGUUGGCACUGGGAUCAGUAAUGGGGAAGUGGUGGACUGGAUGGACUCGACUGGGGAAGAAGUGAGCCUGUGGCAGAAGAUGCGACAGUACCCAGGGUCUUGGGCGGAAGGGACUCUACAGCUCCGUUCGUCGAUGGCCAAGCAGAAGCUGGGCUUAUGAGUCCCUAUCCUUCUCUUCAGGUCCAGCCCUGGCCAGGGCAAGUCAGAGGAAGUGAAGAAACCAAGAGCAAAGAUUUAUAAUUUAAUGCGUGUGUGUUAUGUGUAUGUGUGCACAAACAUGUAUUUCUACAAUCCCAUUAUGCUGGAGUGAUGCAGACUUGUUCCCCUUUUUAAAGUAGGCUCAAGAAUAAGGGUCUCUUCAAGAUAUUUUGUGUAUGUGUGUGUGCAUAAUCUAGUAUGUUUUCAGAGUCCAUUCUCUUAUGUAUUUGUGGGGUGUAAUUGACUUCUUUAAAAAUCUCUUAAAACAACUUUUUAUCUUCUCUCUUGCUAUCCUUGUUCCUACUUCCCCAGGAAGCCUUGACUGCCUUUGACAUUAGCACAACUCUUAUGUUUCCAGGUGUGCCUGACCUGAAGCCAAGGCUCUGGGAAGCAGGGUUGGGUUGCUAAAGACAAGAGAGUAUGGAAGAGAGUAGGUUCUCUUCUGCCUCUCCAAUUUAUGCUUUUAACUCGUUUUUUUUAAAACUCAUUUUCUACCUGGAUAAGUUUCUGGAACUUAGCUUUUAAAUUGUCUUCUUUUUAAGGGGUUUCCACCUUGCGUGGGUCUGAUUUUCUUUCAAAUGCUAAGAAAAGCUCAGUUUCAGACACCUUUUCUGCACCUUUGGGGGGUCCUUUCAAGAGAGCCACUUUAGAAAAGCACUUUAAUUAGAUAAUGGCCUUUGGACUGACUCAGGAACAUGACCAGCCAGAGCUUCUGGGUAGUCCCAGACCACUGUGACUGAGGGUUGAAGUGUCUCACAGCGCAUGCUGAAUUCUGCACACUUUUAACUGAUACAGCAUUCGUUAAAGAGCUCCUCGUUUCUCUAAUGAAAAGUGAGACAUCUUCACUCUUAUGUACCACGUCUUUCUUAGCGUUUGUAUCUGGGAUGUGUUACCACACAGGAUAUGGUCCACAUACCACUGUGUCAGCCAAAAUAGUCAACUAUUAUAUAAAGUGAUCCAGUGUUCCAAGAAAAUAUGUACAGAGAGUCUCCCAGCUAGUCUGACUUCCUUCUUGAAGUGGUUUCUGUUCCUUUUUUUUUUUUCAAUUGUUUCCUAAACUUGACCUUGAUACAGCAUAAGUGUGGUAUGUUGAGGUUUUUCUAAGAAGGAUCUGGUAGUCUAAGGCUCGUUUUCCAAUAUGUUUAAACUGACCUUUUCAAUUCUUACAGUUGUAUCUAUACAAAAUUAUGUGUGAAUGGAGUCUAUAAGGCCACUGGAUUGAGAGUGAACUAGGGUGGUGUCUAUGGUAUGUGUGAACUGAGUGGAGGAAUUUUUUAAAAGGUAUAUUUGGUAUGGAUUGAUAUUAUAAUGGAAGGCAUAACAUGGGAUCCUGGGCUGUAACUUGCUUUUUGUUGUCUACCCCGUGAAAUGUACGUGUGCUUCAAUAAAGCUUUCUUACUUGUCAAGUGUUUGCAUUUGUUAGUUCUAUAGACGCUUUUGUCUCUGAUGUCCUGACUUACUGUUGUUGCUCUUCAUGUGGCUUGAAGGAUAAGAACCAGGAGUAACAAAUGCCCUUCCCUAACUAUCCUGUGCUGAUCUGAAGAAAAUUUACCUUUACCCCACACUUUUGCCUGAUCCUUUGCUGAGAUCUGAUUCCCUGAGAACCCACCUUAAAAGUAGUACCACUUUUCUGUCUCUGAAAUAUCAAGGGAACUCCUUUAACUUUGUAGAACCUCUGUGCUGAAGAAAUGUCCACAUAAGAGGC